UUGUCCUGGUAACUUUUAUUUUAUGAAUGUUUUGUCAGACCUUUAUUUUGGUGGGCGUGGUCAGACCGGAAGCAGUACUUGUCCCUGUUGUUGAGCUUUAUUGUGAAGCUCCUCUCUGUCUCCGUGUCUCCCGGUCUCUCCCGGUGAGACGAGAAGUCGCCGUGGACUUUACCGCCUCAUUCAACCCCACGGAAACCGAACGGACCCGAACGGAGCCGAAAAGACCCGAACUCAGAAACGGAACCAGACCGGACCAGAGAUGGACAGCUGUCCCCUGUCCCUGCUGUAGGUCCAUGAUGGACAUGGUGGUCUUUGCAGGUGGACGAGACAAAGCCAGACUCCAUGUUGGUCAUCAUGUCCUCGCUGGAUGGAAGAACUCCGGCUGAGACACUUCUGUCAGCGAUCCAUCUGGAGAGGUACCUGGACACCUUCCGUCGAGCUGGUCUUUUAUUGGCCCGAGACUUCACUCACCUGGACCAUGAGGCCUUGGUCAGUCUGGGUAUAACCGCCACUGGACACAGGAAGAGGAUCCUACGAUUGGUCAACCACAUCCAGAGGACAGACGCUCAAAGAACCAAUCAGAAACCUGAUCAGCCACGGGACCGGUGUCAGUCGGUGACAGAGCGAGGCCGUGGCACCGUUCCGGGACCCGUUAACUUUGAGGCCUUCAGGAACAGUUCGGCUCCCAAUCUUUCGGCCAUGCUGACGAACUCAGACACCAGAGCCACAGUGAAGCCGGUCCCCAAACCAAGAACCGUUUUCAACCGGCGCAGGACCACACCGGUCCACUUCUGUCCCCCUGCAGACACUGCAGCGCCCCCCCCCAGGAGGCUGUCCCAGGACUCCAUCUGCUUCGGUUUGCUGGAGGCCCUGACACCAGGCGACCCCAUCCAGAGGCAGAGCCGGGAGGGGGGCACUAGGCCCAGUCGCAGCUUGUCCCUGUCGGACGCUGGAGGUUCGGUGCCUCCUGUUCCCCCGAGGCUUAACCGUGGGAUCAAGGUCUGCUCAGACCAGAAACAGGCUGGGUCCAGUCCCAGAGGAGGAGGGGUGGAGAUGGUCUCCAAUGAGAUCUACUGGGGCACUUUGCCCAGCUCUACUGCUCCUGGUGGAGGGAGGAGGUCCUUCAGCCAGCAGUCUGGUCCUCAGACUCCACCCAGACAAAACCAGGGGAGGAACAGUGGCAGCACUUUAAGUAACAACUCUUCAGGAUCAGCCAGAGCGUCUCCAGACAACCCUGAGGAGGAGAUCAGUCCGUACUGUGAGACAGUUUUCCAGACCAGGAGGCAAAUAUUCAGCAGUGAGAGUGAAAGAAGUCAAGUGGAUGGAAGAGAGACAAGGAGGGAGGAGCCUGCAGAGAAUUAUGGGAGCCACUGGUUCUCGUGGACCAGACAUUUGUCUCAGGGCUACAGCACCGUGGGACAUGCUCCACCCCCCUCAGAGGCUGACGAGGACCUGACCAUCUCCCCCUACGCCAGCUACACCUCCCUUGCUCAGAGAGCCCCACCCGUCAUCAGUGGCUGGCUGGACAAGCUGUCCCCACAGGGGAACUAUGUUUUCCAGAAGCGUUAUGUGAAGUUUGACGGUAGGAACCUGAUGUACUUCGGCAGUGACAAGGAUGUCUACCCUAAAGGAGUGAUCCCAUUGGCUGCCAUCCAGAUGGCCCGCCCCUCCAAGGACAACAAGUUCCAAGUUGUGACGCGUCAAAGGGUCUUUGUCUUCAAGACGGACUCUGAAGGGCUGAGGCAGCGCUGGGUGGCCACGCUGCAGGACCAUGUCCGGGACCAGAUGGUCUUCGGGAUUCGCCGGUUCGGUCCUGGAUCUCACUGCCAGAAACAUGGAGCCCUGGAACUGAAAGGAACCAAAUCCAGAGUCUACGCGGCGAUCAACACGGACCAGAUCUGGAUCUACAAGAGUGAACAGUGUUUCAGAAAUGGAAUCGGAAUCACGGUGAUUGAAGCUCGAGGAGCGACGAUCCGAGAUGGAAAACACAAGAGCUUCGAACUCAUCACUCCGUACAAAACCUUCAGCUUCACGGCCGAGUCGGAUCGGGAAAAGCGUGACUGGAUGGAAGCGCUGCAGGACGCUAUCGCAGAGACACUGUCGGAUUAUGAGGUGGCUGAGAAGAUCUGGUCCAACCGCUCUAACCGUAUGUGUGCCGACUGCAAGGCCCUGAACCCCGACUGGGCAUCCAUCAACCUGUGUGUGGUCAUCUGCAAGAACUGCGCAGGGCAGCACAGAGGUCUGGGGACGAUGGUGUCCAAGGUUCAGAGUCUGAAGUUGGACACCAGUGUGUGGAGCAACGAGAUCGUCCAGCUGUUCAUCAUGCUGGGCAACGACCGAGCCAAUGACUUCUGGGCUUCUCGUCUGCCUCCGUCUGAGGAGCUGGACUGCGACGCCUCCCCUGAGCAGAGGAGGGACUUCAUUCAGCAGAAGUACAGAGAGGGUCGCUACCGCCUCGCCCAUCCGGCCUUCGGCUGCCAGGACGAGUUGCUCAAGGUCUUGUGCUCGGCGGUCUCUGAGCAGACUCUUCUGAAAACUGUGACUCAGAUAUUCUCGGAGGCAGAGUCAGCUCGCCUCACUGAUGACCAGCAACAUCGCCACCUGCUGGAUGGCUGUGGUGAGUCAGAUCCCAGCGUGUACGAUGAGAUCAUGCAACCUGUCCUCCACUCGGGUUUCCUCUACAAGUCCGGCUCCGUUAACAGAGGAACGCUGUCCAGAAAAACCAGAGAAGACUUCCAGAAGUUCUGGUGCUCAGUGGACCAGUCUCUGCUCUUCUACGAGUCUGACCGAUCACCUGAUCCCUGCAUGCAGAUCAGUGUCAAAGACAUCGUGUGUCUGGGAGUCAGUCGACCCGACUCCUCCAACAACAACGGAUUCAUCGAUAGGUUUUCACAUGCCGUUCAACUUGAUGAGAUCUUUGAUGUGUCCAGACUCCCAGACUCUAAUGUGUGUCCUUGUCUGUCUCUCAGGUUUCGUUACACCUUUGAGUUGUAUUUGACUUCAGAGAAACUUUUUCAGUUUGGUCUGGAAACAGCUGACGCCCUGCACAGCUGGACUAAAGCUAUAGGAAAGGCUGCAACUCCGCUCAGUUGUCACUGUCUGCUGACUCGGGAGUUUGAGCGGGUCGGUCUCCUGCGGUACCGAGCCAUGUUGGACCCUCAGCAGUGGAAGGAGGCUUACUUUGUCCUGCAGAAGUCCAACCUCUUCAUCUGUCCCCAGACGGACGGCGCUGCCGAGGACAUCAUCAACCUGAAUCGCCUGCAGGAGUUGAGUGUCGCCUCUGAAAAUGAGAACCACGAGAAGAAAGAGAUCCUUGUCCUGGUAGAAAAGGGAAGGACACUCCACCUACAGGGAGUCGGUCGAACAGAUUUCUCUCUGUGGUACUCAGACAUCCAGCGAGCAGCCGGUGGUAAAGGAAACACCCUGAGAGAGCAGCAGCUGAGCAGAAAUGACAUCCCUAUCAUUGUGGACAGCUGCAUCGCCUUCAUUACACAGUAUGGUCUGGGUCAUGAGGGCAUCUACAGGAAGAAUGGAGCCAAAUCCAGGAUCAAGCUGCUGAUGGAGGAGUUUCGUAAAGACGCUCGAAAUGUCAAACUGCGGAUCGGGGACCAUUUUAUCGAGGAUGUGACCGAUGUCCUCAAGAGGUUCUUCAGAGAGAUCGACGACCCCAUAUUCAUGGCUGACCUCCACCCACUGUGGCAGGAAGCCGCCAAAAUCCCUCAGAGGCGUAUGAGGUUGGACCGCUACAAGGAAAUUAUUCGGAGUCUUCCUCGGGUGAAUCGAACGACUCUGGCGGCUCUGAUCAGUCACCUGUACAGGGUCCAGAAGUGUGCUGACCUGAACCAGAUGUGCACCAAGAACCUGUCGCUGCUGUUCGCACCCAGUCUGUUCCAGACCGACGGGAAAGGGGAGCAUGAGGUGAAGAUUGUGGAGGAUCUGAUAGACAACUACCUGUAUGUCUUUGAUAUUGAUGAGGAGCAUAAGACUCAGAUCGAGCUGGAGAUCAGUCUCAUCACCACCUGGAAGGACACUCAGCUGUCUCAGGCCGGUGAUCUGAUCAUCGAAGUCUAUCUGGAGAUGAAGAUACCAGACUGCUGCAUCACUCUCAAAGUGUCUCCCACCAUGUGUGCUGAGGAGCUGACCAAUCAGGUCCUGUAUAUGAGGAACGUCCCAGCUGGAGACAAAGACGUCUGGAUGACGUUUGAAGCCAUUGAAGACGGACAGCUGGAGCGUCCAUUACACCCCAAAGAGAAAGUCCUGGAGCAGGCUCUGCAGUGGUGUAAAAUGGCCGACCCAAGCUCUGCCUACCUGGUGGUGAAGAGGGUUCCUAAACGAGAAGGCAUCACCAUCCUCACCUCCUAUAUGAGCGAGAUCAUGAAGGUCGGUCUGUUGAGGUGUCGUGAGGAGCCUCCGAAGCUCCUCCAGGGGACCAGGUUCCAGGAGAGAACCUUCCAGAUCCGGGACCACAAACUGCUGCUGCUCAAAGACAAAAAGAGCAUCAAACCAGAGAAGGAGUGGUCUCUGAAGGGAAUGAGGAUCUACAUCGGCAUCCGUAGGAAACUGAAGGCUCCGACCAGGUGGGGCUUCACAGUGAUGUCAGACAAACACCAGCUGUUCCUGUGCUGCAGCUGUGAGGCUGAGCUGUGGGACUGGAUCACCAGCUUCCUCAAAGCUCAGAACGAUGAUCCCUGUCCUCCGGUGCUGAGGCGUCACUCCUCCUCCGACAUCUCCAAGCAGAAGUUUGGGACGAUGCCGCUCGUCCCGAUCCGAGGAGACGAGAGCAACAGCAGCAUGCUGUCAGCCAAUCAGACGCUGAGGAAACUUCACGACAGACGGACUCUCUCCAUGUACUUUCCGAUGAAGGUCCAGCAGGACUCGUUUGAGGAGCGUUCAGAGUCUCCUGACCUCCCCGAGCCCCUCUAUGAAGAGGUGGGAGACUUUGGCCUCCAGGUUCUAAAGUCUCUGGAGACCAGCUUCCUGUCCAGCCAAGCUGCAGAGACCCAGGAGGUUCCAGACCACCCACCACUCAGACUAGUUCCUGUAGAGGCUGCAAAUCUGGACCACAUGAUUGUCCAGGGGCCGGGCCAGGGGGUCUUUGAGGAGACUCUGGAGCAGAUCAACAGCUGUAUAGGAGCAGGAGGCAACGGAGAAACAGACUCCAGCUCUAUAGACUCAAAUAUCAUCCAGCAGACUUCGGUGGGGAAAAGACUGCAUCUGCAGGGAGUUUGUACACCGUCACAGGAGCUGCUCCUGCAGGAGCUGUCGUCGGCCUUCACCAAGAAGACAGAGGAUGAAGAAGAAGAGGAGGAGGAGGAGGAGAGGCCAUAUGACGUCUGAUAACUCAGUCUGUAAAGGAAGAGUCAGGAGGAAAAGUUUUCUUCAAUCUCAUCUUUGGCUCCAUUUAUUAGUUCUGAAUUUGAUACGUUAUCUCAGAACAUUAACGAUUUCUCGUCACGUUAUUCUGAGAAACUUCAUUGUCUAUGGGAGAAUAUCAUCACUAACUUGAAUGGCGUUAAUAAUCACAUGAAGACCUUUGGUCCUGACAGAGGAACAGAAUCAUGUGUUAAAGACGUGACAGCAAACUGCUGUUUUUUGCUCUGACUGCACAUUGAUUAAUUCAGAGCUGCUGUGGCUCAGCUGAUUAUGUCCCAGAGAAAUAGCUCAAACAGCAGGUGUCAGCAGAGUCGCUAGCAGAGAUCAAACUUCACUUCAAUAAAUUCCAAAGAAAGUUGUCCUGGUGGUCAGACUCAUCUCCAUGUUGUUGUUUCUCUUCUGUCCAUCUUUGAGAGGAACAUUGUACUCUUGUCUUCAGAAAGAAGACAUGUUUUCUGCUCUCAUGUCCAAGUCUGUUUGAGGUUUCAGGUGUGAAAACUGAUCUGGUGUCCACAUGUGGAGGUGGUCUGGGACCCAUGUAACCUUAUUCCUUUGGUUAGUGUGAACCCACAAUGAUUCCUGGGUCCCAUUAAAGACCAGCUACCUCAUUCAUUCAUCCACUGGUAGAAAUGAUCUCCUAAAUAGGUGACGCCUCUUCAUUAGUCAUGAGCCUGUUGGUUGGAGAUGCAAGUAAAGUUGGACAGAUUGGAUGUAAAUGUCUGAAUGAGGUCCAGUUUAGAUUCUGUCUGUAUAUUGAUGUGCUUUAGACUCCUCUCGAAUUAAAACAGAAGUCACAUGUUGCCUGUUGAUAGAAACAACUCAGCAAUAAAUAUCCUAUGAGAUCUUCAUUUUAAGAUAAGGCAGCCCUGUGAGUACAACACAUUUCAACAACGGAGGCAGGAUAACAUUAGCUCAUGUCACAGAGAAUGAAACUCGGACGUUAAUGAUCUACAAGGCAGAGUAAUUGGUCACUGUAUCUCUAUUACAAAAAGGUGAGCCCUUAGGGUUUGGUAUAAAGAAGUUGUGUAGCAUUCACUAUGGGAGUGGUGCUGAAUCAGUCUGAUGGUGUUAGUGUUUGGUGGAGUGGAUGGUACGGAUUGUCAAUAAUGGAAAGAGACUCGGAGCAGAAAUACAAACCAGUUAGUAGCAGGGAGUCAGGGAUUGAUUUUAGGUUGCACAGGAUGGGUUUGUGAAAAGUCUUCAGGCAAUCCCCAGUGGGAUGGGGACUCCAGUGGAGGCAGCAGAGUUUGUCAGGUUAGUCAUGGCUGCACAUUCAUGUACUGUAAAACCAUACCGGAUUUACAUUUGAUCUGAUCUCUGCUGCUUGGGACACUGACUGCAUUUCCCCUAAUUUCAUUUGUUGUCGUGUUGAGGCCUGAGUGAAGUGAAUACUGUCUAAAAUUCUCCAGAAAAAAAGACCCUUAAGCAACUCAACUUUAAUUUUUUUUUCGAGAAUUAAAGACUUUUGGGUUUGCAGAUUGGGAUAAUAAGCAUGCAUGCAGCAACAGUAACACUGUACUGCAGUUACCUGUAACCCAGGAAUAUUGAGAAGGUUGUGUUACAAGACCUGAGGUCAGGAGAACCUUAAACCAAGGCUUCAGUCCUACUCAUAAAUGUUAGCCCGAGUUGAUCCUCACUAGGGUAGCUGAUACAGAGGUGGCAAUAAAUUUAGCAUUUGUCUAUAAUACGUCUGAAAUUUUAACAGAUACAGUUUCCGUAAGUUCAGAGUAAAGAGUAAAUAGAACAUGUGAACAAAUUAACCAGACAAACAGGAGCACACUAUGUGAAGCAUAAUGAUAUUUCUGAAAUGGGUGUAGUGUAGAACCCAAAUGCAGCACAAAACAGCGUGGAAUGAUAAUAAAGUUUGAGGCAGGAAUAGGGUUGAGCAGAUGACUUCCAGAAUUAUUAUGCAGGAGGUCAACAGAGGGCAAAAAUUCACCCUUAGCGGAGUCCAGUGUGUGGAGAGUCAAGAUUACCGAUGGGGGGCAGGUGGGAGGUCCAAAGCCGGGUGUAACAAAGGCAAAGUGGAAAAACCACAACGGAGCAGGCAGGUGGCAGAUCCAAAAGGUCAUUGCAGCCUCUAUAAACAGAAAAUAAUCUGUCAUACGACUGUGUAUGUAUAAUUGAUAAACCUAUUCCCACUGAUCUGUGUCCACACUGCUUUUUAAUGAAUACAUGGAUUUAAAUGCAGAGAAAGAAAUGGAAAUAAAAUAAGAUAUAUUCUGUAUUAAGUUCUGGAGCAGUAUGGAGAAUGCAGUGUGUUUGGUGUGAGGAAGGUAUUGGUAAAAAGAGGCUCACAUUCAGAAAAUCUAUAGACACUAAAUAGUACAAGGAGGAUUUUAAACUAGUUAAAACAUUUAUCAAUAAAAGUCACUGCCUUGGUUCCUUCUGGUCAGACAGUUUUGACCAUUGUCUUUAAGUUUCACAUUCCCUCCUUAUUGAUUGUUAAUUAUUUGUAGUUGUAAAGUGUAAUUGCAUUAGCAAAUGGGCAAUUAGACAAUUUCAUUAUCUUCAUGUAUAUCUCUUGAAGGAGCCUGCAGCCACAGGCUUUGAAUCACUAUGAAGGCAACACUGUGAGUUCAUUUGAUUGUAGACGUAUUAAAGAAUAUUUAUUAGAGAUUAUUUUGAUAAAAGUGGAUUUAUUUAUAGUCUAUGUAUAAGCGAAUAGCCACUGAAACUGUUACCUAGAGUGUAAGACUGGAAUUUAUGUUUAAAUUUAGAGCUAUGUACACUGCAGUGUUUUUGCAUUCUUUUUAUUUGCAGCAUGUUAAUGAAGAAGUGCGACUGUAAAUGUUUGAUCUUAA